AUGCCUACUUCAAACUCCACAUUCACGACAGAAUCAAGCAGACCGGAUGGUCGUCUGCCUCGGCCAUUCCACCACCUUCACUAUUUAGACCUUGCAGUUGACGCUGAUGAUGAUGUACUGCACGACUUCAUAUGUAUUCAAUUCCAUGCAACAUUUGAUUUCAACUGGCCAGCAAAACACAUCAUACUCAAAGCUACUGUGUCUCAUCCGCCAACCUAUGAGCUUGCCGAUGCCAUGAGUAAAAUCACUACUACUCUUCUCAGCCAUUCGCUCCCUCGGAUUCAUGACUCCUGGUUUCCAAACAACUAUGCUACCACGACUGACACGACGUCCAACAAUAUCUCCGAUGUCAAGCGGAUUGCUUUUAAACUUAACGACGAGCUCACGCCUGCGGAGACCCAUCCUGGUGUCUAUGCUAGAGACACCACUGGUAGCCCAUCUUGCUCGACGUCGCUUGAUGCAUUGGGCCCUGGCGCAAUGGCCGAAAGUCGUCAGUUGCCUCAAGGUUCGGCUCCUGGUUACCCAGUUGUCCGAAAUCUCGGCACUGAAUGUUUGAACGGCUGUGUUGGUACCCCAAACACUCCUACCUUUGAGGACGUAAAGGUCAUCCUUGCCCUGCAUGAUCUUCCACGUGGUGUUGUCCGUGAGAUUCACUCUUGUGUUCUUCAAAGGGAAGGCUUCGAGGACACGCAGUGGCCAUAUGUUCUUGAUGAUAACUUGGUGCUUGAGCCUCGAAAAUCUGCUCUUUUGUACGCUAUCCAUAAUCUAGUGUCUUUGAUCUACUAA